AUGGGUGGACUUACAGUUACACUUAGUGAACCACAAUCAGCAUUAACAAGAAAAAAAGCAACAAUUACAGUAUUAUCACAGCCAGCACUUGGAAAGCUACCUAAACCUAAUUGCCAAAAUAUGGAAUAUAAAAAACUUCUUAUCGGCAAAAACGAAGAAGAUAUAGAGAUGGCUGCAGAACGUGUGACUGCGCAUAAUGCAUCAUCAGAAUACAAAUCUGAAUCAAAGAAUAAAAACAAUAUUAGAAAAUCUACUCGUCCACAUAGAGGAUCAAAAAUUGUUUUUUGUUUUUCGACUAUCGUUGCUGUUCUUAUCCUAAUAACUAUCAUUAGUAUUGCAAUAUGGGUUAUGUUCAUUAAAAAGGCCGAAGCAACAAAUAAUAUAACUACAUCUACAAUUGAUGCAUCGACAACAAAAACAACAAUUCGUACAACGUCGACAACGGAAACAAGAAUGGUUAUAACGUUGACAACAAAAACUGCAAUGGUUACAACAUCGACAACAACGAUUACAAUGCCGACAUCAGGAAUAACAAUGAUUACAACGUCAACUAAUUCUCUUACAACAACUAUGAAUGUAUCAAAAUUCAACAAAUGGAAACAAAAUGCCAUUACUGUAGCUGGUGGAAAUGAACAAGGACAAGAAUUAGAUCAACUCAAGUACCCUGAAGGAAUCUUUAUUGACGAAAACAAAAAUAUUUUCAUUGCUGAUUGCUAUAAUCAUCGUAUAGUUGAAUGGAAAUAUAGUGCAAAAGAAGGACAAAUCAUUGCAGGUGGAAAUGAGCAAGGAAAUCGAAUGGAUCAAUUGUAUCAACCAACAAAUAUGAUUGUUGAUCAACAAAAUCAUUCGAUCAUCAUCGCUGAUCAAGGGAAUAGACGAGUGAUUCAAUGGUUGAAUCAAAAGCAACAAAUUCUCAUUGACAAUAUUGCCUGUUUGGGCCUGACAAUGGAUGAAAAUGGGUUUUUGUAUGUUUCUGAUGCUGAGAAGAAUGAAGUGAGACGAUGGAAAAUGGGAGAAUAUAACAACGAAGGAAUAGUAGUGGCAGGUGGAAAUGGGCCAGGAAAUCAACUUAAUCAACUCCAUCGUCCUACUUAUAUCUUUGUUGAUGACGAUCAAUCUGUUUAUGUAUCAGAUUAUUACAAUCAACGUGUGAUGAAAUGGAGAAAAGAUGCUGAAGAAGGAACAAUUGUAGCUGGAGGAAAUGGUCAAGGAGAAAAGUUCAAUCAAUUGUCUUCACCUGAAGGAGUAAUUAUUGAUGAUUUGGAUCAAAUCUAUGUGGCAGAUUCUCAUAAUAAUCGAGUAAUACGUUGGCGUGAAGGAAAAGAAGAAGGUGAAAUUGUUGUUGGUGGAAAUGGUGCAGAAAGUCAAUCAAAUCAAUUGAAUAGUCCCAAUGGUUUAUCUUUUGAUGAUGAAGGAAAUCUUUAUGUUGCUGAUGAUUUCAAUAAUCGAAUUCAAAAGUUUGAAAUAAUAUUGUGA